AUGAUGGCUUCACCUCUCUUAUCCCGGGCUGCUGCUCUCCGGCGGCCGUCGUCUUUCCGUACAAUUACUGCAGGUCCAUCACAAUGGAUCCGCCACGCCAGCUCAUCCGGGCCAACGCCACGUUCUGGUGCUCGCGUUUUUGGUCUAUUGACCGUCAUGGCCGCAUCUGGUGCCGGUGCCCUUUGGGCGUACCCGUAUUUCGUUACCCAGCCCAAGCCAGCCGGCCCCAAACCGCUGGAGAAGGCUGAGAUCGUCUACGAGAAGCCCCGGAAGAAGGCCGCGUCCAAGGAGGAGAGCCGCGAUAUUGUGAGCUCACAGCAUCUGCAAGUCAAGAAGAGCUGGGAGCAUCCCGGCGUCUACGCUUGGGGGUCGAAUGCCGGGAAGGUGGUUGCGCCUGAUUCGGACGAGGCCGUCAUCAAAACACCCCGACGAAUCCCCUACUUUGACGGUCAAAUCCUCCGUGAUCUCAAGCUGGAUCGCGAUUUCGGCGUUGCCGUCAACGAGAAGGGUGACCUAUUGCAGUGGGGUGCCGGCUUCUCCAAGGAUGCCGUUGCCCCGGCCGUCACCUUGAAGGGCAUGAACAUCGCAAAGAUCGCCAUCUCGCGAGACCGCAUCAUUGCCCUUUCGUCCAAUGGGUCCGUUUAUUCCAUCCCGGUCGCGAAGUCCGACCAGGCGACAGGCGAGAAACAAACCAGCAAGUCAUCAUGGCUCCCGUUCUGGUCCUCCGAAACAGCCACCAGCUACCGACCGCUCAACCCCGAGAAUCUAGGCUGGGGGGAGAAGGUUGUUGACGUCAAGAGUGGGCUGCAGCACUGUCUGUUGCUGACUUCGAAGGGCCGCGUCUUCUCGGCCGCUUCGAGCUCCGAGGAGUUCCCUUCCAAGGGCCAACUCGGUGUGCCCGGCUUGACAUGGCAGACACGGCCAUCCGGCCGCCCGUAUGACCAGCCGCACGAGGUGAAGUCCCUAAGCGGUUCCAACAUCAAGUCCAUUGCCACAGGCGCCUUCCACUCGCUGGCUCUUGACGAUAAGGGGAGAGUGUUUUCGUUUGGAGACAACACCACGGGCCAGCUCGGGCGUGAGACGCCGAUCGGAGCUGCUGUCGACACACCGUCGCCGCUUCCCAUCAGCCAGCUCUACAGCGGCACCAACAUGCUGGCCAAGGUCACCGCCAUCGCUGCGGGCGGACAGAACAGUUACUUCACCGUAGACGCAACCAAGACCCAGAGCCACACGCCGAGCGAAGCUGGCCGGACCGUCGCCGACACGUGGGCCUGUGGCGCAGGCAUCCACGGCGGGCUAGGCACCGGGAAGUGGACGCACAUCUCGGCGACGCCGACCAAGAUCAAGUCGCUGUCCAGCCUGUACGAGUACGACGAGGGGGCGAACCGCAUCACGCCGAUCCGGCUGGCGCAGCUGGCCGUCGGCAGCACGCACGCGUGCGCCAUCCUCGACAACCUGACGCGGCUGACGGCGUCGCGCGCCUCGCCGUCCGAGACCGACACCAACUUCGGCGCCGACGUCCUCUGGUGGGGCGGCAACGAGCACUACCAGCUGGGCACCGGCAAGCGCAACAACGCCAACGUGCCCGUCUACAUCGGCCCGCUCGACGGCGGCCAGGCCGAUGCCCAGGUCGGCAGGAAGGGCGAGGACCACCGCUUCCAGAUCACGCCCCGGACCAAGGUGCGGCUGGGCGAGGAUGGGAAGGGCAGGAUGGCGAGUGUGGAGCAGAGGGUGGAGUGCGGUCGCUCUGUCACGGCCGUUUACUCGGCGGCCUGA